AUGCCGCAGGGGGCUCUGAGCGGCCCCGCCGCCCACCGCGCCCCGCCGAGCUCCAUCCAGGAUUUCAAGGUGGGGAACCUCCUGGGGAAGGGCUCCUUCGCAGGAGUCUACAGAGCAGUAUCGCUGAAAACGGGUCUGGAAGUGGCUAUCAAAAUGAUAGAUAAAAAAGCCAUGCACAAAGUUGGAAUGGUCCAGAGGGUCCAAAAUGAGGUGAAAAUACAUUGUCAGCUAAAGCAUCCAUCUAUACUUGAGCUUUAUAACUAUUUUGAAGAUAGCAACUAUGUAUACUUGAUACUUGAGAUGUGUCACAAUGGUGAAAUGAGCAGAUACCUAAAGAACAAGAAGAAACCCUUUUCAGAAGAUGAAGCUCGACACUUCUUGCACCAAAUUAUCACGGGUAUGCUGUAUCUGCAUUCUCAUGGAAUCCUGCACCGGGACCUCACCCUUUCUAAUAUCUUGCUCACCAAUAAUAUGAAUGUCAAGAUUGCUGACUUUGGACUAGCAACUCAGCUGAAAAUGCCUCAUGAAAAGCAUUAUACCAUGUGUGGAACUCCAAAUUACAUUUCUCCAGAGAUAGCCACAAGGAGUCCACAUGGACUUGAAUCUGAUGUGUGGUCUUUGGGCUGUAUGUUUUACACUCUUCUUAUUGGAAAGCCACCUUUUGACACUGACACAGUCAAGAACACACUGAACAAAGUAGUGUUAGCAGACUAUGAAAUGCCAGCCUUCUUAUCAAGGGAGGCACAAGACCUUAUACAUAGGUUACUUCGCAAAAAUCCAGCAGAUCGCUUGAGUCUUUCCUCAGUGUUGGAUCAUCCUUUUAUGUUGAGGUGUAGCUCUGCACGGAGCAAAGAUUCGGGAACUUCAGAAGAUUCGAUGGACAGUGGAAAUGCUACCAUCUCUACAACUUUCACAGGCUCUUCCAGCAUCAGCACCAGCAGUUGCUUGAAGGAAAAGAAGAAGCUGUUAGUUGGGCAGCCACUCCCAAAUAAAAUUACCUUUUUUCCUAAAACCAAGAAUUCCAGCAAUCCUUCAUCGGUAGAUGGAAGCGGUUCUUUUCAUCAGUGGGGAAUUGAGGGAAAAGAAAUGGGUGUAACUGGCAGGGGAAGAGCCAUGCAGCUUGCUGAAGAGAGACCACAUUCACGCUACCUCCGGAGGGCCCACUCUUCAGAUAGGUCUGGCACAUCCCAUAGUCACACUCAAGGCAUAUCGAAUAUUAUUGAGAGAUGUCACUCUGUGGAACUGCUUUCCAAGCCUAAAGCAGGAACAAGGGAAAGUACACCUGCAAACAGCUAUACUGAUAUAGGAGAAAUAUUUAAGGAGAAGACUUCCAGUGGUUCUGGUUCUUUUGAAGGGCCAAUAUCUCCACCUGUAAAAGAUCAACCACACUCAAAUUAUCUCUGCCCAAUGAAGCCCCAGGUCGGAUUAUUAGAGCAAAAGUCUCAGGCUGAGACAAUGCAGCAGUGGCUUGGAAGCAUGCAAACAAAUGGUAAAAAGAGGAAAACACAAUUCUGUAAUGUGUCAUAACAACGCAGUUUUAGAUACCAUCUGGAUGUGCAGCAAGAUGCAUCCAAAAAUGCGUGGAAUACCUUAAAAGAUAUGAGGAAUCCUGAUGCAUCCAUUGACUGUCCACAUUCUUUAAACCAGAGAAACACAAAUAAAUGUGUCCCUGGAGUUCUCUGCAAAUCUGAUGAAAUUCAACCAUUGUCUUCUGCGUGUGGCCUUUGGUCAACUUCAGAACAAAACCAAACGUGGGGGAAAGAACCAGCACGUCAGAAACCUACACUGCGAAGUAUAGUAUCACCUCUCAGUGCUCACAGGCUAAAACCCAUCAGGCAAAAAACAAAAAAUGCAGUGGUGAGCAUUCUAGAUACUGGGGAAGUGUGUAUGGAGUUUCUAAAAGAUCACCAUUCACAAGAACUUGUGAAAGAAGUUCUCAGAAUAUCUUGUGAUGGAAAUAUGAUUGCAGUUUAUCAUCCAAAUGAAGGAAGAGGUUUCCUUCUUGAUGACAGGCCUCCUGUUCCUCCUGAAGACAUCUGUAUGUAUAAUUUUGACAACUUGCCAGAAAAGUACUGGAAAAAAUACCAGUAUGCAGCCAAGUUUGUGCAGUUGGUGAGAACAAAAACCCCAAAAGUUACAUUCUACACAAGAUAUGCCAAGUGCAUGUUGAUGGAAAAUUCACCCACUGCAGACCUUGAAGUUUGUUUUUAUGAUGGAGCAAAGAUACACAAGACAGCUGGUAUAACUCGUGUGAUUGAAAAAUCAGGGAAAUCCUUCACUUUGAAAGGAGAAAGCGAAGCAGGUUUGAGGAAGGAAAUACAAGCUUAUAUGGAUCAUGCAAAUGAGGGACAUCGUAUAUGCCUUGCACUGGAAGCUGCUGUUUUGGAAGAAGAAAAAAGGAGUGAAAGUGUUCCAUUUUUUCCAAUAAUUGUUGGAAGAAAACCUGGCAGUACGGAAUCGCCACAGGCUGUAGCAUCUCCAUUGUUGGACAAUACAAACUCUCCAAAAGAAGCUAUGGCACUGGAUAGAAAUAUAGCUGCCAGUUCUACUCCAGUUCCAACUCCUAACUGUCCUCCUUCCGUGGUGUCAUAUGAAAAGUCUACAUUUGUGACUAACAGUGCUGAAACUACAUGCUCCUCUGUUCAUCAAACAGAAUGCAGUCCUAAUUCAGCCCAACUUUUAAAAUCUGUCUUUGUGAAAAAUGUUGGUUGGGCUUCUCAGCUGACCAGUGGAGCAGUAUGGGUUCAGUUUAAUGAUGGAUCCCAACUGGUAGCCCAAGCAGGUGUUUCUUCUAUCACUUACACAUCUCCAGAUGGCCAGACAACUAGGUAUGGAGAAAGCGAUAAGUUGCCAGAAUACAUCAAGGAGAAACUGCACUGUCUGUCUUCUAUUCUUGUGAUGUUUACCAAUCCAGCUGGUCCCCAGUGA